AUGAAAAGAACUAAGGAAGCUUAUUUCAGAGAUCAUUUACAACCACAAUAAAUGUAAGGAUGUUCAGGCGUUAAAGAAUUAGAAGGAGAGGAUUUAGCUUAUGAUUCUAGAAAUAAAUAUAAUAAAAACUAAUAAAAAUAAUGGUUCGAAUAAUAAGUAAUAGAGAAAAAAUAAAAUGAUGAAGCAAUAAGAUAAGAAGAAUAAGAUUACGCAGAAUAAACUUUUGAAUUAACAAGAAUGAGAGGCAUGCUAGAAGAUGAUUUUAAUAGAAAAAAAGCGGCUAUGAGAGAAUAAAUGAAAUAAGAAAAUCUAAAAAUUAGUAGAGAAAAAGCUGAAUUAUAAAAAAAACUUAAAAAUGAAAAAUUAUAAUACGAGUAAAAUGAAUCUCAUUAUUUGUAAGUUAGAGGAUAAAAACGUCCUUUUCCAUGA